AUGUUUAGAGGGUGCGCUGUGGUGCGGGUUAAGGCAGGGUCAAAGGGCAAGGCCCCGGGAGGAAACGCUAGCAGCGGCUGUGAGCUCUCAAGUUUUGAUGAUGAUAGCAGUUUCAGAGACAGCGUCUCCUGUGGGGAACAAGGCUGGGAGCAGUCAGGAGAAAAUGACCUUAUCUGUGGCAGCUCUCUCCACCAAAUAGGCCCCAGAGGAUUUGCAGAGGCAUCAGUGCCAGAGGGCACCGUGCAGACGUUGGUAUACCCAGGAAGUAAAGAGCGUCCAGGCAGUGGGGGGAGCCACGACAGGGCACCUGACCGUCGAGAGAGGAGGAGGAGGACCCGUCAGCGGAAGCAGCUGGGGCGGAGGAGAGAGGAGCGCACGAGCAAAGCCUUGCACAUCUACUCCAGGCUUCAGGCUGGACACGAGCCAGCCCAGCCCCGCACGCGCAGCAGGUGCCCCAGGUUUGAGGACUUUGAUUUCCUGGCCAAGUACUGCAUUAUCAGCCCAGAGAAGCUCACGGCGUACAAAAGUGCUUUUGAAGCUGUGGACAGUGAUGGUGAUGGAUAUCUCUCCUGUUUACAAGUACUGCUUGCUUUGAAAGAAAUUAUCCCCCCAGACGUCCUGACAGAGGAGGAAGAAAUCUAUGUGUACAGGAUACUGGAGAUGGUUGACUUCAGGGUGACAGAGGGUCUGACAGACUUGCGUCUUUUUGCUGUGGUAGCCAGCCUGGCCCAGAAGAUAGCCACACUAGAUGAUUUCAUGCGUUCCCUCAUAAUUCAGAUGGACUUCAAGUCCUUGGAGUUGAGGUUGUACAAAGCAAAGCAACUGUUCCUGUUCCUGCUGGAGGGGCAGACAGGGGGCGCUGUGGUGCCACAGGGCUGUAUCAGUGCAGAACAGCUGCUGGUGGAGCUGAAGGCAGGAGGUAUCCGUGAGGAACAUGAAGAAGCGGUCAGGUGUGAACUCCGUAACCUUCAUUCCCUUGACCUGCUCGACUUCCUUGCCCACCUGCCACUCUUCAUCCACAUCCAUAACUCCGUGAUCACCAACCCCCUGGACGACUCCAACAACCUGUGACAGCAAACACAGGGACUCAUCACCAACCCCUUGGACGAUUCCAACAACCUGUGACGGCAACACAGGAAUUCAUCACCAACCCCCUGGACGACUCCAACAACCUGUGACGGCAACACAGGGACUCAUCACCAACCCUCUGGACAACUCCAACAACCUGUGACAGCAAACACAAGGACUCAUCACCAACCCCUUGGACGAUUCCAGCAACCUGUGACGGCAACACAGGGACUCAUCACCAACCCCCUGGACGACUCCAACAACCUGUGACAGCAAACACAGGGACUCAUCACCAACCCCCUGGACUACUCCAACAACCUGUAACAGCAAACACAGGGACUCAUCACCAACCCCCUGGACGACUCCAAUAACCUCUGACGGCAACACAGGAAUUCAUCACCAACCCACUUGACGACUCCAACAACCUGUGACAGCAGCACAGGGACUUAACCCACAUGUCUGGGUCUGGCCUGAACAGUGUCCAAUGCUCUAUAAGAAACCCAUAUGGAAAUUGAUGGUCUUCUCAAUCAUGCAAUGGACUGAACAAUUAAAACGGACUCCAGCCUUCUACAGAUAAACCACUAAGCAAUUCCAUGAACUUUUAUCGAGUUGCUAGCACAGAUCCCGGCCAACGUACAUACACAGUGGUGUGCUUACCGUGGGACAGAGACAAUUUGUUUUCAUAACGGGGCCAAGUUAACUUACGUUUCAGACGCGUUUCAGACCUUACAGUGAGUGUGUGUGCUUUAGGAGUGCUGUCUCUGGUACUGAAACAAGCUGGGCAGCUCACUCCGUGGUGCGCUCUGGAGAUGCUAGCGCCACCUCUCCACUGCAGCAUGCAACUGCAGCCGGGACUAAAUAAACAAUGAGGCAACCAUUGUGGAAGAGGUUCUAAAAUGUUCUUAAGAUGAAUGAGUGGGGAGGCUGAGAUGUCGCCUCUCUGGAAAAUAAUUGCUGUGAACGGACCGUGGACAGGAAGCACUGACAAGCAGGGAAAACUGUGCCAACAGACAAGAGGAGAUUUGUAUGUCAAAGGGGAAGGAGCGAAAGAAAGAGAGGAGAAAGCUAGAAGAUAAAAGGGGGACUAACUCCUCUCAUUUAGGCCAAAGAAGUGUCCUAGUCCUUCGGCAGAGACCUUGGAGUCAUGAAAAGCUCUCUGGGUUCUUGUGAGCAGAUGAGUGCUGGCGAACAGUGUUCAUCUUUAGUAUAAUGCCGUAUCUGUUUGAGAACUCAAGAGGCAACGAUAGCAGCACUUUCAAAGAAGUGAAAGGAAGUGGGAGCUGAGUGAUAACAAGACAACCCCGUGCCACGCAUGCUUCCCCGACCUCCACCAUGAAUUUCGACAUCAGAGGGCCGGGAAACCAAUCAAUGCGGAUUACUGAGAGAGAGAGAGAGAGAGAGAGAGAGAGAGAGAGAGAGAGAGAGAGCAACUCCCUUAUUCAUCCACAGAAUAAUGAGCAGGCAACAAAGGGAUGGGGCAUUUGAGCGCACACUCGCGCGCGCCCGUGUUUACAGGGGAACACUGAAGUCAACAAGUUUGCCUGAGCCACUGCUCUGAAACAGCGAAGACAUGCAUACAGGUGGCAAAAGAGAACGAACGAAGUACGACAUAACGGGCUUGUGAAAGCUUGAGAGCCCAGUGGGCUAAAGAUUAUUUCCGAUGGAAGGAUUUACCACAGGGUAGCUGUUACAAGGGAAACUCUUCAGCGAGCGUAUGCAUUCUGGCUGCUGUAAAACUCACAUCUUUAAUUGGGUAGCAUUAAGGAGAUGGGAAAUCAUGGGUUCACUUAUUAUUUAAUGUUUUGUGUAUUUUGUGGACCUUUUAAUAUUUCACCAACAGUCAUACCAGUUCUUCCUUUCAUUUAUUCCUUUUUCGUUCAACUUUUCCUUAUGUAUCAGAGCAGCGUGUCAGUCAGAACGAAGACAUAAAUGAAGUCCUUAUUUAAACCGCUUCUCGCACUGCUUCUCCGCGACACAAUGUGUACUCCCAUAUAUCGAUGCAUUAAACAUUAGCCUGACGUUUCUGAUUAACAAUGUAAACUUUGUAUCAGGAAGAGUCAUAAAAGCAAAACACGGGUUAACCGGUAGACGACACGGGACGGAACAAAAGCCUGCGACCUACGCCAAGUCGGCGAUGUUUUCCCCUAACACCUGCCUCUCGCGUGCACCGGUCGGGUGUAGUCGGAUUUUUUUUUUUUUUU